AAUACGGAGGGGACCAGCGAGGGAUCAGCAGAGAACCCCGAGCACGCCUCGACUGGGUCACCCAACAUCUCCCAUGCAGGUAGUUGCGCUCACGGACACUUCACAUCGCGAGGAGAACGAUGAAUACACAACGACAUGAUGCUGAGCGCCGAUUGCCAAAUCCACUUCUGGAUUGCGGUUUUCCGUGACCUUCACCACGCUGGUCAGUGCGGGUUGGUGGAUAGGGGACCCCGGGACUGGUUCCGAUAUUGUCAGCCCCUGAUGUUGAAUAUGGCCAGGAAUCUAACUUCGGGUGGAUGGGUUCAUAGCGCAGUUGCGUCUCCACUCACUCCGCUCUGACACUGUCACUUGUUGAAGUCGGCAUGAACAUUUUACGUAACUUUAAAUCAAAACAAAAAAAAACAAUCAGCGCGCUUUGGGUGGGCGGAUGAUUGCCGUUGGUCAAGACUAACAACGGAACGGCAGUCAAAGGAGUUUUCUGUCCUCAUCACACACCUCCGAUUAGCACGCUUGGCUACGUACGGUGCGAAACAAGUUCAACAUACAGUACACACAAGACGCCCUAGAGGACGCCCACCCGCAGAGAUGAAACGAUUUGAGAACAAUUUACAUCGCAGGACCGUGAGAGAUGACGACGCUUUGGAGAUGGCUUCAUCCAGCAGUGGAUUGACCCUGGAUAAUGAUCACGAUGAUGAUGGUGAUUUCGUGUUGUUCAAGGGCUUCAAGAGGUCGCGGCGGGGAACAUUCGCGCUCAUAGCGGCUGUCUUCUGUCUGGCGGCUGGGACCUCCGUGUCGCGAGCGCAGGCGCAGUGCGGAGGAAACUUCACGGACAGCAAUGGCAUCAUCGAGACGCCCAACUUCCCGGGACUCUACCCGCCCAUGCUCAACUGCCUAUGGAUCAUUCAGUCCUCGGACCGACGCGGCGUGGUCAUCAUCAGCGUCAUUGACUUCGAGCUGGAGGAGUCGGACGCGUGCGUCUUCGACAAACUGCGCAUGGAGGCGGGAAACCCCCCGGGUCCGCCCCGCCUCUACUGCGGCGGGGACUUCGAGCGGCGCUACGGGGUGUCGGAGAUGCAGGCGACCGGGCGCAUGACGCUGCAGUUCAACAGCGACGAGUCCGUGGAGCUGCGCGGAUUUCGAAUCGGCUUCUGGGUCGAAGACCCGCUCCAGACAUCCCCGUUGCCCACAACCACCUUGGCCACGACCUCCACCACUCCGGCCACCACCCCAGGUCAAUGCCAGCCUCUAGAAAACAUGGACAACGGUCGCCUGUUCGUCACCUCUUACGAGGUGGGCGGCGUGGCCUCGUACACGUGCCGGCCCGGGUUCCGCAUGGUGGGCGCGUCCAACAGAGUGUGCGAGGCCAGCGGGCGGUGGAGCGGCUCCGUGCCCGUGUGCCGCGCGCGACCCACGACAGCGACAACGACGAUUCGAGCCGAGACGUCUUCGGCCAGCGAGCUGCCGACGAACGCGAGCAAGGGAGGCAACGCAUCUCUCGGCUGUCCGGAACCGGGUCUGCCUCUGGGCGGGUUGGGGCCCUUGCCCGGGCUCUCGCUGAACUUCCGAGCCGGGGACGUGCUCCGAUUCUCGUGCCUCCCGGGCUUCGCCAUCACGGGCGCCACGAGCCUCAAGUGCCUCGACAGCGGCCGCUGGUCGGACGAGGCCCCCACGUGCUCACGGGUCGGGAUGUCGCUAUCCCCACUCUGGGCCUCGGCUCUGAUCGCCGCGGGCUGCGUGGCUGGAGGCGCCGUGGUUCUGCUCGUGUCCUUCGCCCUCGCACGACGCUCCAGAAAAGUAGCGUCUGACGACCAUCCGAAGAUGACUCUGUAACACCACAAUCUUCAUGGACGGCGCAGCACUGCAGCAACGACACAAACACCACGGACAGCGCUUCACUACACACAAUAACAACACGAAUACCAUGGACAGCGCCUCACUAAACACAGCAACAACAACGCAAAUACCAUGGACAGCGCCUCACUAAACACAACAACAACAACAAAUACCAUGGACAGCGCCUCACUAAACACAGCAACAACAACGCAAAUACCAUAGACAGCGCCUCACUAAACACAACAACAACGACAACAAAUACCAUGGACAGCGCCUCACUAAAUACAGCAACAACAACACAAAUACCAUGGACAGCGCCUCACUAAACACAGCAACAACAACACAAAUACCAUGGACAGCGCCUCAUUACACAGCAGCAGCAACAACAACAACCAAAACACGCGCACGGAGCACGCAGACUCGCACUCCGGAUUUGUAUGUUUUAAGACGAGUGUUGGUUUAUUUAAAUAAUCGCAAUUGUGAUCCCGUUCCAGAAUCAGUCUUUCUAUAUAUGUCUUAAUACAAACUAGCAGCCCGCACAUCCAUUGGACGUAACCAUCUGUCCAUCCGCCCGUCUCUCCCUCCGGACCUGACGUCCGGCCAACCAGCCAGCCAGACAAAUAAACUGUUGUCUCAUUUAGUAUGAUAUGACAUUGUGCUGAAUGUACCAGCCUCUACUGGCUGGAGGUGGAGGGGGAGGCACGUAAACCCAUCACUAAAAUUAUAUUACACGUGAAUCCACCGAUAUUUCAAUAUCAUCAUUAUUCGCCAGUUUAUUCACCGAAAAAUCAUCAUCAUCAUCUACACGCCGCCCGAGUCCAAUAUUGAGUCUUAAUUUGAUGAUUUUCAGUUAAUUAUGUUAAUUGUACCGAUGCGGUUUUUCCUUUGUGUGUGUUUUUUUGCGCCUGUAUUUGUGGUUUUGAUGCAGUGAUUUCACCACGUGGUGUGAGAAAUGUUCAUUUUUACCAACAUAAAGCGUGUGUUUCUAAUUCUAUGUGAAGCUAAAUUAAUUGUUUUGCUGUACUUUGCAACAAUGUAUAUGCUCCCCGCCUUAAAACGCAGAUC